AUGCCCUUCACAGUUCUAUCAGACCGCAAUGUCAAUCAGAUUCUUGACACCCUAUCACCGUCAGAUGUAAUCGACUUGGCCAAUGCCCUAGAAAAGGCUCUCACCCAAUACUCGUGCAACAACGAGCAACAAUACCAGCCUCAUCGCGCUGUUGUCGACCGUGAUGGACAAGUCAGUUUAUUCAUGCCCGGAACCACGGAUCAACUACUCGGCGUCAAGAUUGUCGGCAUCACUCCCAGCGAAAAGCUAAAACCCUCAGAAGCUGGUCUCAAGAGUGUUUUGACGCUAUGCGAUGCGAGGGGUCAUGCCAUAGGUACUCUCAAUGCAGCCGCUCUGACUGCGUUCCGAACGGCUCUAGGAUCAAUGCUUCCCUACCGAUUUAGACGCAAGACGGAAAACAUUGUCGUAUUUGGCGCGGGAGCACAAGCAAUGUGGCAUAUUCGGUUGGCACUAUUGCUCAAAGAGAAGGACAUCAAGUCGAUCACCAUUGUCAACCGUUCUGCCGAGAGAGCUCAGCAAUUAGUCGAGUCACUCAAGGGGAACAAGCAGUCAUCGUGGCCUUCACACAUUAGCCUGCAGGUGUUUGACAGCAAAAAUGAUCUCGAGGCUCUUGUCGUCGAUGCGGAUGUCUUGUUCUUCACAACCCCCAGCACUCAACCUGUCUUCCCUGCAUCGUACCUCACAUCCGAGAAAGCUCGAACCAAGACCCGUUACCUUGCGGCCAUCGGCUCAUACCGUCUCGACAUGCAAGAGAUUGAUCCUGAAUUACUAAAGACAGUCAUCGACCAGUCAGGCCCUUUCGCUGACGUUGGAUAUCGCGGUUCUGUAGCUGUCGACAGCCGUGACGGAUGUCUACAAGAAGCCGGAGAAUUGGUCAAAGCUGAGAUACCUACAGACAAAAUGCUCGAGAUUGGCCAGCUGUUUCAGACGAAGAACAAGGAAAACCCAGAUGAUCUCAACAAGUGGCUUGAAGAUGGCUUUGUCAUUUACAAGAGUGUUGGAACAGGUGUGAUGGACUUGGCAAUCGGUCAGGAGUUGCUUCGCUUGGCCAAGGUUAAGAAUGUUGGCUUGACUGCUGAAGACUUCUGA